UCUUUGAAUUUUGCUGAUAAAUGGCGGACACCCAGUUGCAGAAAUCCGGGACAUUAUCAAGAGAACAGUUGUUGUAUCUAUUCGAUCGAUUCUCUCUUAUCAUUUCCCAACCUGGAACCGGUUGCUGUCACCACGGCAGUUCAGGAAGAGAUAUUUUUGGAGAUGGGUGUUGAUCCAAGUUUUGGUCUUGCAUGCCUGGGGAAAGUGAGUAUAACAUACGAGAACAAUCAAGAUUUGAUGAUUAGCUAUUAUAGAUUUGUUUCCAAUGAGGAGUUAGCCUCUGAUGAAGCUGAGCUUGGACCUGAGGAAUUUGCUGAAAAGCUUCACAGUCAACAAAAACUACAUGAACAGCAACUAGAGAUGCUAAAAUAUAUGCGCAAAUUUCACCUGGAUGAUCAAUCUGCAAUUUUUGAGAGGUUGCACCAUCAGAUGGAAGAUGCUAAUUUUGAUGUCGAAGCAUCUAUUUUUCCAUCGGAGCAGAUUCAAGAGAUUGUCCGAAGGAGUGUGUCUCCCUUAUUCAGGCCGAGAAUGAUGAACCCGGAACCAACCGGUUUAGGGCUUCCUGCUUCCGAUGCUAUAUGAAUCCUCAACCACUCUGCAUUUCCGUUGCCGGAAUAUGAAUCCUCAACCACUCUGCAUUUCCAUUGCGGGAAAGUUCUCUUUAAUAUAAUCUACGCGAGUCCAGCAGUUGUUCCAAGAAAACUGGGCGAAAUUUAGUGGUUCAAAGAUGUUUUUACCGUGUUGUUCAGACUUCAGAGUUCCGAGUUUUGUUGUAUUUGUUAACCCACUUUUCACGUACUUUUUCCUGUACUGA